UAAAGAUACUCAGUGAAUUAGUGUUUAUUCUUGUCUCAUUUCAAUCAACUCUGAUCUCCAUGUCGUCAAAUCGCGAAGAUUACUUCUAUUUAAUCAUUUGUGGAAACUAUAAAAUAUAUACCUUAAAAAAGCAUCCGAGUGCAAAUUUAUACACACAUUUACGCAGGUACAUGUAGUUUCAAUUUUAUCAUUCUGACACAUUAAUUAAUCAUUCUUCAAUCGCACGUGAAAAUUCACGCUUUGACGGCAGGGUCCAGUUACAUCGGCGACUUGAAAUAAUUGAGACGAUGCAAGCCAUCGUUCCUCUUUAGAUCAUAGUCGUUCCACACCAUUCUGCGACCCAGAAAGAUAGUUUACUUGAUCAGUGUCAACUUCAAGAGCGAUAUCAGUCGAUUUGAUUACGAGGGAGAGUUCUCCGUAUCUACGAUAUUGAAUUAAUCGAAAUUAUACAAUCUCUGCAACAAAUCAUUUAUCGUGCUUGUUUCGAAGUAACGUCCAAUCGAGCGAAUUACCGUCAUUAUCUACUCCCUCUCUCUCUCUCUCUCUCUCUCUUUGCUGCUGCGGUGUGCUUGCACGCGCGAGGAAGCUACUUCUCUGCUCGGUAGUCACUCACGUGUAUUGACUGUCCGUAUAUAUAUAUCUGGCUAACGCUGAAGGAACUUGCCCAGUCGUGUGCCGCCUGUCGUCGUUCCACGUUAAUUUCGUUGCCCGGUACCUCGUGGCCUCCCCUCGUUCUCCCUCCCCGCUGAUCACACGGUGUGUUGCGAUAAGAUUAUCGAGGGUGUUUCGUGCAUACCACGAAAAGGAUUCGCGACAACAAAAAGAAGACAACAGAGGUACUUCGAAAAAUUAGCGAAGGGAUCAACCCCACAACGAUACAGGAUCGUGUCGUCAAGUUCUGCUACUUUUAAAAGAAAGAAAUCAAUUGGACAGUCGGAGUUUCUGAAUAAUCGUGGAGGCGCGAGAUAAUCCUUCCGUGAGAUUAGAAUCGGAGAUUUAUCAAUUUAAGUGCCGGAAUAACGUACUUCGUCAAUGAAGUUUCCGUGGUAGUAUCUGCGGAGAAGUUGGAUCGGCAACUACGUCGUCAAAUACGAAAUUUUUCAGCGGUGGAACCGCUUUUCAUCGUCGCCGAGGUGAAAUACAUCCAACGUUCGUCACGAGAAGAACAAUUCGCACAACGUAAAUUCGCGACAUCGAUAAGGAACGGUGAUGAGCCUUUAAUUGACGGCGGAGGAUAUCGUACGGUCAUUGUCCCCCUCUUCCUCUCUUCCCUUGUCACGAGUUAGUACGCGCGAUCUGUCGGGCCUAAUUAAAGACUGAAUUUCACUGGCGAUCGUUGAGUGAUAUUUAACGAAAUAUUCGACUGAUUGUUUUAUAAUCCGCGGAGAUAAGUUGUUAUCUCGCUAUAAUAUAAAUGUAGCCUUUGGGGAAAAGAAAAGGUACGAAGACUCGAGUGGGAUUUACGCGCGUCGCACCAGCACGUGUGCCAGCAUUUUGCGCUCUGCAAGAACGGCGGGCAGAAACGAAGAAAGAAGGACUUUGGAUAGACGAAAAGUGAAGUUCAAGGAGAGGAUACGAAAUUCGCAUAUCUGCUAAGAGAAAAGGAAAGAGAGAGAAAGAGAGAGAGAGGGAGACGAUGUAAAUCGAAAGCAUCAAAGGUGUUCUCCAGUAUCGUCAAAAAAAGAAAUAAUCAGCUUUCGUAGAUCAAAUCUACUUUUCUGCGUUCCCGUCGAAAAGAAUAGAGAAUACAGCCGCCAUGGGUCGAAUGGAGAACAAGCAGUCGACCACCGACAAUACCAUGAAGGAAUUCAGCAGCAGUACGAAAAUAGCUCCGAUGGUGAUAGGCGAGUAUCAAGAGAAGGAUGAACUGUAUGACCCCUUUGAGCAUCGUGACAAACGAAAUACGACCUCGGAUCUGGGUUCCUUGGCGCAUCUUCUGAAAUCUUCCCUGGGAACCGGUAUUCUAGCCAUGCCGAACGCGAUAAGAAACGGCGGGCUGGUGUUCGGCGGGAUCGGCACGAUCAUAAUCUGCUUCAUAUGCGCCCAUUGCGUACACAUUCUGGUGCGUACGUCCCACAUACUCUGUCGUCGUACCAAGACGCCAAAGAUGAAUUACGCCGAGACCGCGUAUGCGGCCUUCCUCUGCGGGCCCAAGUCACUCAGGCCGUGGGCUAACGUCAGCAAAAUAUUCGUCUACACGGCGUUGUGCGCGACAUAUGUGGGUGGUGCGUGUGUCUACGUCGUAUUCAUUGCCACGUCCAUUCGACAGGUCGCGACUUACCAUACCGGGACCAACGUGGACAUACGCAUGUAUAUCCUCGCGCUGAUCCCGGCACUGGUGCUGCUGGGUCAAGUGCGCAAUCUCAAGUACAUGGUGCCGUUCUCGAUGUUGGCCAACAUCUGCAUGAUGAGCGGCUUCGCCAUCACACUCUACUACGUCCUCGGCGGUGUCUUCAGCGACGCUACCCUGAUGGACAACGUCAAGCUGUUCUCCUCCGUGGAGCAGCUACCUCGUUUCUUCGCGACUGUGAUAUUUGCCAUCGAAGGUAUCGGCGUUGUGAUGCCUGUGGAGAACAACAUGGAGAAGCCGCAGCACUUCCUGGGUUGUCCUGGCGUGCUCAACAUCACGAUGUCAAUAGUGGGUGCCCUGUACGCCGUGCUGGGAGUAUUCGGUUAUAUUCGUUACGGUGAACAGACGAGUGGCAGCGUCACGUUGAAUUUACCCACGGAAGAGCCUUUGGGUGAGUCGGUGAAAAUCCUUAUCGCCUUGGCUGUCCUUUUCACUUACGGACUACAGUUUUUCGUGUCGCUCGAGAUUAUAUGGAACGCCUUAAAGUCUAUGUUCAGUCACAAAUAUCAAGCUAUAGGCGAGACAUUGAUGAGGAUAUUCAUGGUUAUGGUAACAGUGGUCGUUGCAUUGCUGGUACCCGAAUUGGAGCCGUUUAUCUCUCUAGUCGGUGCAAUAUUCUUCUCCGUCCUAGGCAUCAGUAUUCCAGCCGUCAUCGAGACUGUUUCGUGCUGGGAGAGGCAUUUGGGCAUGUUCAAAUGGCGAUUAUGGAAAAACAGCGUGUUACUAAUAUUCUCGUUAUUAGCAUUGAUAUUUGGCACGUGGGUCUCAAUACUAGAUAUAAUAGAGCUUUAUACAUAAAUAUAUAUAAAUAGUUAUUAAGUACUUCA